CUUUUAGUUUUUGAGGAGGGUCACAAUGGCGACGAACACCAAAACGAAAGGGGUCUGGGCUCUGCAAUACUAACAGUUCCAUUUCCUAGCCCGUCACCUCGCGGGCUCGAUGUGCCGCCGUCCCAGAUCUCCAGGGCUGCAGGGGAGCACCGAGGUGGGGAGAGAAAAAGUGGGAUGUCCGAGGGGCAAGGGCGGCCCGGGCGCCGACUUCCGCCUCGCCCUCCAGCCGCGCCGUCUGUUCCGUGCUCUCCUCUCGGGACACCCGCCCGACUCCGGAGUCGUCUCCAAUUGGCCGUCGGGGGAACGGAAGCCGAAGUAGAGCAGUGAACCCGGAAGUGCUUCGCGGCGGAGGCCCGGGCGACUCUUUUGAAUGGAAUCGGGCUGAUUCAUCGCCGGUUCGCGGAGCCAGAGCCGGGUCGAGUCUCAGCCGCCUCCGCCUCCGCGUUCGUGUUCGCGUCAGCGUAGUGGCAACCAUAGGGGUCCAGGCCGGGGCAUCCUGUCCUUGUCUGCUUUCAGGAGAGAAAGAGGAAAAAAAAUACCUCGGAAAAUUAUACCUGCCAGAAUUAGCAAGAGCUUGUGCUAAGAAGAAAUUUGUCAAACUCAACAAAUUGAAGCUUAAGAGUUAUAAUUACUGAUCAGAAAUAUGGACAGACUUCUUAGACUUGGAGGAGGUAUGCCUGGACUGGGCCAGGGGCCACCUACAGAUGCUCCUGCAGUGGACACAGCAGAACAAGUCUACAUCUCUUCCCUGGCACUGUUAAAAAUGUUAAAACAUGGCCGUGCUGGAGUUCCAAUGGAAGUUAUGGGUCUGAUGCUUGGAGAAUUUGUUGAUGAUUACACGGUCAGAGUGAUUGAUGUGUUUGCUAUGCCACAGUCAGGAACAGGUGUCAGUGUGGAGGCAGUUGAUCCAGUGUUCCAAGCCAAAAUGUUAGAUAUGUUGAAGCAGACAGGAAGGCCUGAGAUGGUUGUUGGUUGGUAUCACAGUCACCCUGGCUUUGGUUGUUGGCUUUCUGGUGUGGAUAUCAACACUCAGCAGAGCUUUGAAGCCUUGUCGGAGAGAGCUGUGGCAGUGGUUGUGGAUCCCAUUCAGAGUGUAAAAGGAAAGGUUGUUAUUGAUGCCUUCAGAUUGAUCAAUGCUAAUAUGAUGGUCUUAGGACAUGAACCAAGACAAACAACUUCAAAUCUGGGUCACUUAAACAAGCCAUCUAUUCAGGCAUUAAUUCAUGGACUAAACAGACAUUAUUACUCCAUUACUAUUAACUAUCGGAAAAAUGAACUGGAACAGAAGAUGUUGCUAAAUUUGCACAAGAAGAGUUGGAUGGAAGGUUUGACACUUCAGGACUACAGUGAACAUUGUAAACACAAUGAAUCAGUGGUAAAAGAGAUGUUGGAAUUAGCCAAGAAUUAUAAUAAGGCUGUAGAAGAGGAAGAUAAGAUGACACCUGAACAGCUGGCAAUAAAGAAUGUUGGCAAGCAGGACCCCAAACGUCACUUGGAGGAACAUGUGGAUGUACUUAUGACUUCAAACAUUGUCCAGUGUUUAGCAGCUAUGUUGGAUACUGUCGUAUUUAAAUAAAGCAACGCAAAAAGCUAUUAGUGAUACUUUCAGUGUAUAUUCCUCUGUUGUUCCUAAUGCUCAAAAUCAAGGGACCUCUGAAGGUGUAUUUGGUUAAAUGUAAGACAUCUGGCAUCAUUUGCAGCACUGUAACACCUUCAGUCUCAGUUGUGCAAUUAUUUCUGUUUCUUUAGUCAGGGUCUUUGCAGAUUCCAAAGUUGUACAAGAAUACAUCAAAGUGGACAAAUUUUGUUAAGAUCCCAUUUAAUAUUUGAAAAAAUCAGUAGCACAAAUAUAUUUUGAUUGUUGCUUACAAAAUAAAAUACAUUUACAAUCUA